UCAAACGUUUAAUGAAGGAAGCUGCAGAGCUGAAGGAUCCUACAGAUCAUUACCAUGCACAACCUUUGGAGGAUAACCUUUUUGAAUGGCACUUUACUGUGAGAGGCCCUCCAGAUUCAGAUUUUGAUGGAGGAACUUACCAUGGCAGAAUAGUACUGCCUCCGGAGUAUCCCAUGAAACCACCGAGUAUUAUUUUGCUGACGGCCAAUGGCAGAUUUGAAGUGGGGAAGAAAAUUUGUUUAAGCAUCUCGGGGCAUCAUCCUGAAACGUGGCAGCCUUCAUGGAGUAUAAGAACAGCUCUACUAGCCAUUAUUGGAUUUAUGCCAACCAAAGGUGAAGGAGCCAUAGGAUCUCUAGACUACACACCAGAAGAAAGAAGAGCGCUUGCAAAGAAGUCACAGGACUUCUGUUGUGAAAUCUGUGGCACGUCUAUGAAGACAGCUCUCUUACCACUAACAUCAGGAAGCGUGUCAAGCCAGGCAGACAAAGAGGCUAAAGAACUUGCCAGACAAAUUAGCUUCAAGGCAGAAGUCAAUUCCUCCAGGAAGCCUGAUGCUGGCCCUUCGAGCACAGCAGGACUGAACCUCUCUGCCGCGCUACCGGAGCCCCAGCAGGAUGGGGUAGCCAGAGCAUUCCAGGAUCCAUCAAGUACAACGCGCGAGGCUCAGGGCAGCAGUGCGAGGCCGGGCCCCGAGCAGCCUCCCAGCGCGACCAGCGGCGCCUCGCUCAGCCCCCGGCAGCGCCGGGCCCAGCAGCACAGCCAGAGAAGGCCGCCCUCCUCCGCUGACUUCAACCGGGGCCAGCAGCCACGGGUCGACAUGAACCACACGGGAUCGACCGUCCUCAUCGUCCUCCUGACUCUUGCAUUGACGGCUCUUAUAUUUCGAAGAAUAUAUUUGGCCAAUGAGUAUAAAUUUGAGUUUUAAGGGUUUUUUUCUGUCUCAAGAGCUGUUUACUUGAGCGCUUCGUUGAGCAAGGUUUUGGAUAUGAUAUGAGAACUGUUUACAAAAAUUACUUUUUGUAUUUACACUUGAG